UGUGUUGUCUGCUGUUUUUACUUUAUAGUUUGAUCCGAAAAGACUCGUUAUCUAAAAAGGAUGCGAUGAAAUUAAUCUUAUAUUUUCCCUAUUGUGUUUUCGCCUGCGGAUCGUUUGUGUGGUUGCUCAGCUGUAGCCUAUAUUAAGGAGACCCGGGUUUGUUAAUGCUGUUUGUGGAGGGAAAUCCGCGUCUUUUCGGCAUUACUGCAACGCCAUGACGCAGUUCACACUCUUCUGCUGCAACACAAUAAAAUAUGAAUCGCCAGUGUGCAGACGAUGGGACGCCUCUGCGAGUGUAAAUAUAAUUUAGAUGUUGAGGAAGGGGGUGUGGCGCUGACCAUCUCCCAUUCACCAAAACAACACACGCCCAGAUCUCGUGCGGUUGCGGCGUAAACCCGUGCCGGGGAUCAGGCUUGAUCGCUGUCCUCGCUGGGUGCGCAGGCCGGCCAGCCCUCGGCAUCCUCCGCAGGCUCCGGGCUGCAGAUAAAACCGCUCCACGCAGGGAAACAUCACAUUACGCAGAUUCAAAGCCUGGAUUCAAAGCUGCCCUGUGGCCUGGAGAUGAAGAUGCGAUAAAAGGCAUGUUAGCACCAUGAUCCAUGGCUGUGCUGUGUGUGUCAGUGCUGUUUAUGUUGCAGGAGGAGAUUGAAUGCCUCUAAAAUCUCAAGGCUGUGAGCCCUGUGUAGGGUGGUGAUGAGCAGUCAGGGCAGCAGCAGCAGGGGAAGUGGCCAGCAUGCUGACACUCCUCCCCCUCGACACGCCCCUGGACCGAAGCUGCAGGUGCAGCGCUCCCUUUCUCGUGACACCAUCACCAUCCACUUCUCUGCUCUGGGGAAGGAGGAGGAUGAUGAGGAAGAGGAGCUCUAUGGGGUAUCCGAGGGACCUGCUGGAGUUAAAUCUGGGCUGGAGGGUGCAGGAGGUGUAGAUGUUUCAGGGGGUGACAAUCAGUCUGUUGUCACGGGCUUGGAGGCAGACGAGGAGCUGCUGUUUGAAUCCGCUGGUGUGGAGACCUCCUCUGGAGCUGCUGUGCUCUCUAUUUCAUCCACUACCCUGUCUGUGCAGCCUUCAGACGCUCAGCCACACACGCCCUCUCCUGCCAUGACUAUCAUCCCCACCUCCCACCUGAGCUCCACCCCUCCUGCCAGCUCCUCCUGGCCCUAUGACCGCCCCUCAAACCCCAAUCCCCCGUCCACAAGCUCCAGCUCCUCCUCCCCUUGCAAGUCUGCAGCGCUGUCAUCCUCCAAGCCUUUCCUCAGCCUGGUCCGGUCCCUGUCCAAUGACGUUGAGUCUCGAGAAACCACACCUCCGCCUACUACUGUCACACCACCGCAUGCACGCCACAGACACUUAAUGAAAUCUUUUGUUAAAUCUCUGUCCACGGACACUUCAAAGGCCGAACAUACAGAAGGGCCUCUUCAUCAUCAUCUCCAUCAUCCUCUUCCUCAGCAGCAGCAAGUGCAGCCAACCCAACGGCAUCCCCCUCGUAACAUGCAGCUCUUCAAACAGUUCUCACAGCCUCGCUUAUCCUCCAGCCCCGUCAUCGUCAGUCAAACAGGUGGAGACUCCAAAACAGCCCCCUCCUCCCCCAUCAUGUCUCCGGAUGGAAGGUCCUUCUUCAAGGUUCAAGAGGUGGAGGCCAAGAUAGAAGACACCAAGCGGCGGCUGUCAGAGGUGAUGUCAGACCCCCUCCAGCUUUUUAGUAAGAUCAUGGGGGAUGAGUCUGGUACGGGAGCUGCGGGAAGUGCCACUCAUCGUGCCAAAUUGCUGUCCUCCAGUGCGUCAGAGCUCAGUGGAGUGACAGCGGUGAAUGGACACGCAGAAGGUAACAACUACAGUAUCAAGGAGGAGGAGGGCACAGAAGGGGAAGAAGAGGAAGAAACCCCCACUGGCACAGGCCCUGACUCUGUGUUUUUCUCCUUCCCAUCACUGACACCAACUCCAGUUCUCACCCAGGCCUCCUCAUCCACUCUGGCCAAGUCUCCAUCUCUCACUCUGGGCCGUUGCUCUAUGUCGGCCCUGGUAGCUCGACAGGAAGACGAGGACUUCUGUGAACUGUACAGUGAAGACUUUGAUUUAUGUACUGAUACAGAGACACCAGAUGGGGAUCGCCCCAGUUCCCGGCAGCCCCUUACUGGUAGCACUGGUUUGUGUAGUGAACUCGAUAUGGAGGAGGAUGAGAGAGCAGAGGAAGAGUUGGAGACUGUGCCUGUGACUGGCCUCAUCUUCUUGACACAGUUGGUGUACUGGUAUUUGGUCCUUCCAGUGCCACCAUAUGUAUGUGCGGUGGUACAUGGGAUAGUAGCUGGGUUUAUGUUGGCCAUGCUGGUCCUUUGGAUGUCCUCUCCUCGGCGCUCCGUGCUGGGGACAGGAAGAGGGAGGCGAAGGAUAGAGCCCUGGAAUGUGGCCCAGUUGGAUAUUAAAGAACCAGGAAUAUUGAAGGGCUGGAUGAAUGAGAUCCACAGCUACGACCCAGAGAUGUACCACGCCACCCUGACCCACUCUGUUUACGUCCGUCUCGAGGGCUCCGUCCUGCGUCUGUCCAAGCCCAACCGCAACAUCUCCCGCCGUGCCGCACACAAUGAGCCUAAACCCGACAUUACCUACGUCAGCCAGAAGAUCUAUGACCUGACUGACAGCAAGAUCUACCUGGUGCCCCACAGCCUGGCUAGGAAGAGAAUUUGGAACAAGAAGUACCCCAUUUGCAUUGAGCUGGCCAAGCAGGAGGACUUCAUGUCUAAGGCCGGUGAGAGGCCGGAAGCUGGGGAGGACAAAUUAGCAGCACUGGGUGAGAAGAUAGAGCGAAUGGACAAGGUCGAGAAAGUUGAAGGAUCUGGAUCAGUUGAGGAGCCCAAAAGACCAGCUUCUGGAGGAGGGGAUCUGACAAUCUACCUAUUUGGGAGGACGGGUCGGGAAAAGGAGGAGUGGUUCCGGAGAUUUCUGCUCGCGUCCCGAAUGAAAUCAGAAGGGAGAGGUGGCAGUCUGCCUGGCAUCUGCAAGAGUGCCUUCUUGCCCUCCCACAGCCGCAGCAGCAGCACCCAAUCUGGUGGAGGCCUGGAGGCUGACAGCAGGAGCAGCAGCCGGGGAAGCUUGGAUGAGCUGUCUCAGCCGCAGUCUCGCCACAGAGAGACCUCCUCUGCUCUCUCCUGUGGGUCUACUGGAGGGAUGAAGCAGAAGAUGCUGUUGGACUAUAAUAUCUACAUGGCCAAAUACGUCAACCCCCAAGCACCGCAGAGAAGCCCAACUGCCACUGACAGCCCGGGGCACAGCCCCAAGAGCAGCCCCAAAGCUACCAAAAAGAUACGCAGGAGUUCAGAAGAGACUGCGGAGCCUGAGGCGUGGGUCAACGCUUUUCUGGGAAGGAUAUUCUGGGACUUCCUGGGAGAGAAGUACUGGGCCAAUGUGGUCUCCAAAAAGAUCCAAAUGAAGCUCAGUAAGAUCAGGCUGCCAUAUUUUAUGAAUGAGCUGACUUUGACAGAGCUAGACAUGGGCUUUUCCAUUCCUAAGAUCCUCCAUGCCUCCAAACCCUCUGUGGACCACCAAGGUCUGUGGUUUGAUCUGGAGAUCUCUUACACGGGCUCCUUCCUCAUGACACUAGAGACCAAGAUGAACCUGGCGCGUCUGGGAAAGGAGGGCGAGGGGCUCGGGGAGCACGGGAAAGAGUGGCCACGGACAUACUGUCUGGCAGACAGCGAUGAGGAAUCAUCUAGUGCUGGCUCAUCGGAUGAGGAAGAUCCCCCAGAACUCCUCAGUGACAAAGCCAUUCUCCCUGGAGGCGAGGGCUAUGUGGGAGGCCACAGACCCAGCAAGAUCAUGCGCUUUGUGGACAAGAUAGCCAAGUCGAAGUACUUCCAGAAGGCCACAGAGACGGAGUUCAUUAAGAAGAAGAUGGAGGAGAUGUCCAACACACCUCUGCUGCUCACUGUGGAGGUGCAAGAGUGCCGCGGGACGCUGGCUGUCAACAUCCCACCUCCCCCUACGGACAGGAUAUGGUAUGGUUUCCGGAGUCCGCCUCAUCUGGAGCUGAAAGCACGGCCUAAACUGGGUGAGAGGGAGGUCACUCUAGUUCAUGUGACGGAGUGGAUUGAAAAGAAACUAGACCAGGAGUUCCAGAAAAUAUUUGUAAUGCCAAACAUGGAUGACGUAUGGCUACCCAUAAUGCACUCUGCCAUGGACACGCGUUCAAAUGCCAACUUGGUUACUGUGACAAAUGAUGCCUUGAAGGACCCAGAACCUGAGGAGUCUGAGGUCUCUGACAUGUGAAGACUGCUGUUGAAAGCGUACGUUGAUGGACAUAUUAUCACCAUGGCAAUAUGACAAGUCCCCGCCUCCCCUCAGAAACCACAGGUGCAGCAAUGGUUCCGGGCCAACUCUCCGAUAUUUUUACCCAUAUUCCUGCCCCAUUGUUGCACCAGACUGUGGCAGCUCAUGAAGUGCGCUCUCAACACUUGGAAGUGUUGGCGAGCUCGUAAUCAUUCUGUGGCCACUAAAAGCGGGAGAAUGGAAGAGAACUCUGACUUAUAGAUUGUCUUCUAGUCAAAUGGUUUUAUUUAUGUGACAUUUAAUAUUUGGAUUCAUUCUCUGAUGAAACACAAUACACGGGGCAUGCUGAGACUGUGAGACAAAUGCUUGUGUGUGAGGUGAUGGAUCAGUAAAUAGCCAUCUAAUUCAACCAGAACCAUAAUACCUGUGAUGUACAGCUGCACCAAACAUGAGAGUUGUACAGUGUAUACAUUUUGUGUGACCUUUCUAAUGGAGUGGUUUAUUGUUGCUGCGGGAACUCUGAGGCCACUGAUGAAGAGUGUGUAUGUCUGAGUGAGUGAACAUUUGAAGGCAUAACCUAAAAUUUGGAGAUGAUUUUGCUGAAAGCCCCUGCGUCUAUUAAUACACAUUUCACAGGGAAAUUCUCUCGUCUAUCACCCAUCCACACUGCUGCCUGGCACUUAUAUGCAAACAGAUCAACGGCACUGUGUCCAUUGAAGAUACUAGAUUAGUUGAAAUCUGUUGAACAUCCCACCGACUGCUGGAUGGACACUAUCAUAAUGUACAGCCCAUGUGCUUUGUGUGGUAGGGAGUAGUACUAAAACUGACUUUAGAGGGGUUGUAUGAAUUAAAAUAUAUCUGCAAACACAGCAGCUAAACAUUGCCUAGGUCUGAUGAAUGUAUAAAUAAGAAUGCAGCUCCUUAGCUGUGCAAGGAAUAGCUCAUUCACUGAUGACAUGCUUCUAAGCAACAUGCUUCAAGACUUCUUUUCAUGUUAUAUUCAGAGUUGAAGAGUAAUAAUUUUUUGUUUUUAUUGCCAAAGCAAUCUUUCAGUCCUGUUUGAAGGGUACUGUACGUGCUUAACAGUGACAAAUAAGCAAUCGGUUAAUUAUCUAGUGAGGCCACUCGAGCACAGCCGGUGUUUGUAUAAUUGUAGCUGGAAAUUCAUAAGACAGAGAUACUUUUGCAGGGAGUGAGUGACUGAAACCCUUUUGUGAACACAGCAAGACAUCAAGGAGCAGGAAACAUACCCAUUCUUCCUGUUUUAUUUCAAUAAAUAACAUACCGGAUAUUAGCCAUAUUAUUUAAUGUUGUCAGCAGACAUACAGCUAAUGAAUGCUAUUUUUUCUUUGUUGAAUUAUUUAUUGAUUUGCUGUUCUUUCUGUACUGUACACGAGAAAUAAAACCAAUAACUAGAGCAAACAGCAAAUUUGUGAUCUGCCAAGACACCCAGCUGCUUUACAGGUGACUUUUAACUUUACUUGUGUUACGUUCAAAUAUGUGUGUUGGCAAAGUGUAUGAGGCAGAAAGUGCCUUUAAAAUAAUCGAACAUUCCUCCAUAGUGAGCCGCCACAUUCGUUGCAUCAGUUGAGUAUAGAGAGAAAAUGUCUUUGUGCCAUUACUGUGUCGAUUAAGACAUGCCCUUUUGUUUUCACGGGUUUUGGUGUUGUUCAUUUGCGCAGUGACGAAAAUAUCAGAACAUUGCUGUCGUGUUCAGUGAUGUCACAGAAUGUUAUGGUUCUGAUCGUUGUGGAUCAAUAAAACCUUUUGCUUGGA